AUGCAGCCUGUGCCAUCACACAUCGGGAAACAGAUGUGGGGAGUUAUCAGUGCCAUGGUUGCUGAUCCGAUCACUGAUGCUGUGAAAAAUGACAAUGUCAUCAUCCAUGUUGGGCAGCACCUGUUGAACAAGGGUGGGAUGUCAGCCAAGAAUCAACAGUGUGUGCGUGACAAAAUGCGAGAAAUGGGAAGACUGGUUCAUAAUGCCAGAAAAGUUACCCCCUUAAAAACAGUGGAGGAUUUCAUAAAUCCAAAGAAUUACUUGCAGGUGAUCAAAGCUGUCAAGGUGACUUGUGGCUAUGACAGUGAUUCUCACAAAUUCACAAUACCAUCACUUGCCAAGAAAAUUGGCCAUACAUUGGUCAAAGUCAGCAAACUCCUAAAAGCUCAGGGCUUGAUCAUGAACAACCAUGAACUUGUGAAAAAUGCCACUGAGUUUCAGGAAGUCCACAACGAAAGGUGGAAUGAAAUGAUUUCUGCGACAGCACUACGUAACCUCAAUGAAGCAAAGUGGAAUGUUCCCACUCUGAUGCCGUUCACAGAAGAUGUGCAGAGACUGCACCAGUUUCUCAGUCAAAAGCAAGAGGAGUACUGCAAAGAACUCUCUGAAAGUCCUUCCACAAAGACCUGGAUAGACUUGGCAAAGGUGUGCUUAGCACAGAUCAUCCUCUUUAACCGUCGCAGGGAAGGAGAAGUGGCAAGCAUGCCCUUGUCUGCAUUUUUGUCAAGAGACAAGUCUGAUCAUCACCAGGAUUUGGACUGGGCACUGUCAGAAGUAGAGAAAAGACUCUGCAAACAUUUCACAAGGAUUGUGAUCAGGGGAAAAAGAGGUAGACCGGUUCCUAUUCUUGUGACUCAGAAAAUGCUCAGUGCACUGGAACUCCUGGUUUCAGAGAGAGAGGCUUGUGAGGUACUCAAAGAGAAUUGCUACAUGUUUGCAAGGCCAGCUGCUAAAACGCAUCUCCGUGGUUCGGACUGCCUCCGUGCUUUUGCAGUAGCAUGUGGUGCAAAGUGUCCCAAGGCACUGACCUCCACCAGGCUGCGGAAACAUGCUGCAACACUCUCAACGGUUCUCAACAUGACGGAUACAGAGAUGGACCAGUUGGCUAACUUUCUUGGGCAUGACAUUAGAGUCCAUCGUGAGUUUUAUCGACUACCUGAGAAAACACUGCAGCUUGCCAAGGUUAGCAAGCUUCUCAUGGCCCUUGAGCAAGGAAGAUUGGCUGAGUUCCAUGGCCAAAACCUGGAUGAAAUCACAAUAGGGCCAGAUGACAUGGUCAUUUGUCCUGUUGAGACUGAUGAGACAGCUAAAACCAGGGGACGACACUAUUCAUCUCAAGAAGAGACUCUUCCACUGACAGAAGAAGAAGGCCCCCCACUGACAGAGGAAGAAGGCCCCCCACCAACACGCAAGAGAGAUACACCAUCAGCAGCAGAAGAUGACCGUGUCGGAGCCGCAACACCUGUUGAAGAAUCAUCAGCAGAGGUGAGGAAUGCAGUCCCAUCAGUGAGCAAGAGGAGCAAGCCACUUUCUGGAGAUGAUGACCGGCUCACAGCUGUGAUGUCUGUCAAAGGUAAAGCUCCCAGGAAAAGAAAACCAUGGCAGGACGAAGAGGUAAAAGCCGUUGAAAAGCAUAUGAAGCGGUUCAUCACUUCAUGCAUCGUCCCUUCAAAGAGAGACUGUGAAAAGUGUCUAAGAGCUGAGCCAGCAGCUCUCAAUAAUCGGGAUUGGCAAAUGUUAAAAUAUUAUGUAUACAACCGCAUCACAGCGUACAAAAAGAAAGUCCAGCAUUCCUAA